UCCACCAGAGAUCCAGCUGACCACAAACACGACCCGGCCUCCUCCACAUCUACUGAGGACUCCUACCUGUAUGUGGUGAUGGAGGACUUUGUCUCCCAGACAGAGGGAUUCCUGACUGUGAGGAAAGGCCAGCUGGUGGAGGUACUGGACCAGGGAGGAGGAGGGGGCAACUGGCUGGUGGUGGCUCUGGCUUCUGCCCCUGGGGAUCUGGAAGACGAGGGGUUCCUCCCUGCUCGUUGUCUCCAGCCAGCCAGCAAGAUGGGAGUGUCUCGUCCGUCACCAACGGACACUGCCUCAAGUCGCUAUGGUGACAAGACCACACCCCACUCAUCACAUGACCAGCUAAAGUAUCCCAGUGACCGGGGAUCACAUGACACCAGAUCUUCAGCCAUCACUUCCUCCUCCAAGAGAAGUGGACGCUCACAACAGCUCAUUUCACAGCUGGUGGAAGAUGUGUACUACUCCUGUGAGGACACCCCUCAAUCAACCGCUAACGAGGGUCUCCUGUCGCUGGCAUACGGCCAGUCAGUCGAGGUCCUGGAUGCCAGUGGCGGAGACCUGUGGUUGGUCAAGACCACUGACACUGCCUCAGGCAAGACAUCCGAGGGCUUAGUACAAAGAUUCUGGCUCACUCCAAAACCUCCUCCUCCACGGGAAAAUGUCACCCUGGUUCAGAAUGGCACUGAACCCCAUCCUCCUCACCAGAACGGGGACACUGGAAUGAGUGAGCUGCAACCUGGGAGAGACACUGAUAGGGUUCAAUUGAGGGGUCACCCCUUACCUACCUCGUCUGCCCCGGCCGCCGUUUUACCUGGAACUCUUUUCGGUGUAUACGAGCCUCCAAAAAGCAUGAUAUUUGGGAAACCAGAGGUGAACGAGGGGGACAUCCCCGUCAUAGAGGACUCAAUCAAAAUAUCUACGCCCACCACCAAACAGGCACCUCCAAUGAUAUUGGAACAAGCUCCAACCCCUCACAAGUCAGAGGAAGAGGCAAAGACGGCCACGGCAGCUGAUGAUGAGCUACAGAGACUCCAGGUAGCGUCAGUAAACUCGCAGGUCCAGCUGGACAACUUUGACCCUGUAGAGAUGUACGUGGCAAUCGCUGACUUUGACGCUGCCGAGGAUAGCAACAUUUCGCUGAGGGCCGGGGAACAUGUUCAGUUGAUGGACUCGUCCAGGUCAGACUGGUGGCUGGUGUCACUGCCGGAGUCAGGGCUGUCUGGCUGGGUCCCUGCCGACUACCUGGAGAAGAAAACACUUGAGCUGGAGGGAAGGGUGGCCUCUCCCAGACCGGAGCCAUUCCACGAUGAGACUGGCGAGAUUGAGAGGGUCCUCAAGAGGGGUCACCGACUGUCUCAGAUACAGCUGUCUCGUCACAGACUCUACCAGUCCCCAUUCCUGGCCACUCCCCCUAACACCGUCCCCAAGAACCCACACCAGCUCAAAUGGAGGGGGUCUUCUCCAUCUCAGUGCCGUAUGUGGCGGUGACAGAGAUACUGGCGCAGCAUGCCAACCAGCUGUCCCUGGUGAAAGACCAGCCAGUCCGAGUCCUGGAUUGCCACCGCGACGACUGGUGGCUGGUCCAGACCAUCCCCGACAACCUGGACAACAGGACCCAGAACGGAGGUGGACCAGGGCAGAAUGGAACCGAGCCAGAAAAGCAGAACGGUAUAUUCUCUGCAGAGGGAUGGGUCCCUGCCUCCCUCUUACAGCCUUCUCCUAACACUGACUUUACAUCAGAGGGAGGACCAAAGAGUGCACCACCAUUUGCUGCUGGUCACAAUCAGCCACUGUGGGUAGUGCUGGCAGACUACCCCGGUGAGGAGGAGGGGACGGUGAGGGUGUGGCAGGGUGACCUGGUGGAGGUCAUCGACAUCUCUCGCAACGAGUGGUGCCUCAUUCGCCCCGUCCUCCACUCUGAGGAGACGGCAGGGAAGAAGGAGGAGGAGGAGGAGGAGGGAGUGGGAGAGUGGGAGGAAGAAGGAUGGGUCCCCGCUGGGUUUCUUAAGCCCUACAGUGGAGGAGGGUUUGCCUACCCAUUCCCAAGAUUUGCUCCUCACAUCUCAACUGAUGACGAGAGUGACGAGGAGGGGGAGUCCCUGUCGGGAGACGAGACGGAGCCCCUCCCACUGACCCCUGAACCCAACCUCACUCCGUACCCUGACCCAGAGAGAAGAGCCGAGGCCGCCAAGAAACUAUGUUUCAUAGUGUCAGAGCUGGUGUCAUCUGAGAAGGACUAUGUGGCCAGACUGGAGUUCUGUGUGCAGAACUAUAUAACUCCGGCCCAAGGAGCGACAGCCCCCAAGCCACUGCAGACAGCUGAACUGUUUGACUACCUGGUGAAGAUCUUUGAGUUCCACCGCGACAGCUUCCUCCCCCAGCUGGUGGCAUGUCAGUCGCAGCCGGAGGAUCUGGGAGGUGUGUUUGCCUCGUCCGAGGAGAGUCUCCAGGUCUACGUGGCCUACUGCAAGGCCAAAGCCGCCUCCCAUGCUCUGCUGCAAGAACACAGAGGGUUCUUUGAGGAGCUACGAGCCCAGAUGCAGGACCGACUGGAGCUGGCCGACUACCUCAUCCUCCCAGUCUCCCGCAUCACCAAGUGCAGUCUCCUCCUCUCUGACUUCAGGAAGCAGAGUGCCCGCUCGGCCCAGUCGGCAGGGCAGGUGGAUGAGGCCCUGGUGGUGACCAGAGGCAUCUCGCGACAGGCCAACAACGCCAUCCACCUCGACAUGCUGGAGGGACUCUCCAAGAUGGAGGUCGGAGAACCCGUCCUCCUGGAUACAUUCAAGAUCCAGGCUGGUGCCAAGCCGGGCUCCAAGCAGCGACAGGUGUUCCUCUUCCCAGAGUGUCUCCUGAUUGCCAAGAGAGAGAGAGGACGGAGCUACUCUGUCAAGGACAAACUUAUGCUGCAGGACAUCUCCAUGGCUCCUGACAUGGACCCUCAGAAGAAGAACCUCAUCAUCUACGACAUGAACUCGGGGACAAAGUUCACUCUCACUGCAGCCAAGUCGUCGAUGAGGGAACAGUGGCUCUCCAAAACACAAAAACUCAUUCAGUCAGCAAAGGCUGACACCUCCAGAUCAGCGGCCGACAACAAGAGCCGUGCUGCCUCAGAGCCCCCAGAGCUGGCCCCUCACAGCCCGACACUGGCCAAGAAGGUGACGGCCCUCAAGAACUCACUGGUGUCCAAGAAACCCAGUUUCAGACUGGGCUCAGCCAAACGGCCAGACUCGACCUCCGCUCCCUCUGCCGUUCCUGCACCAACCUCCACUGUGGCUGAGACUAGCGAUGAGCCUGUGGAGGGGACAGAGUACGUUGUCAUGGAGUGUAUUGUUCUGGAGGGAGGAGACGACGUCCAGCUUGAACCAGGGGAGGUCGUGACCCUAGUUAGAGUGGAAGGGGGCGGAGCCUCGCUGCGAGUACGCACAACAGAUGCUCACCUGACAGAGGGUACUCUCCCAGCCACUUUCCUCCGUAAGAAGACCACCACUAAUGGUGUGGACAUGGAAGCUGCACCCAAGUUCACCAUGCUUCCCUCGGACCUUGACCUCCUGUACGGCACCACGGCAACCAUCGCCUGUGCCUUCAAUGGCUUCCCCAAACCAUCCGUCGAGUGGCGCAUGAACCGUCAAACUCUGACCUCCGCUGAUAACCGUGUAAAGAUCACUUCCUGUGCCACGUCCAGUAUUUUGGAGAUAAUAAAACUGUGCUACGAGGACGUGGGGACGUAUGCAUGUUUCAUCACCAACAGUGGAGGGAGCAACUCUGCCCACAUGGCGCUCAAUAUGCACGGUCCACCAGCCAAGGUGGGGAAGCCAGGGGUGUCAAAGGUGACAGGAACCAGUGUGAAGUUAAAGUGGUCUCCUCCGGACGAAGAGGGAGGUAGUCCCAUCACAACCUACCAGGUGGAGAUGUUACAGGAGGGGUUCGAAGACUGGCAGCCCAUCAUCCAACAGCCCAAGACCACCUUCAUCGUGAAGGCCCUCCAGCCAUCCACCUCCUACCAGUUCAGAGUCCUGGCAUGCAACCAGUACGGGGCGGGCCAGCCGAGUGACCCGUCCGACACUGUCACCACAAAGGGUCGUGGUUGGCUCAGUUCCUCUCCCAGCAACACCAGGAAGAAAGAAGGAACGGACUACCCAGAUGGUGGUGGUGGUGGUCAGGGACUGUUUGAUGACCUGGCAGGAGAGGAGGGGAGUGGCUCCAACAUUAUGAGUCCUCCAGCCCAGUUUAUCAGACGAGGCUCCAUCCACAGCGAAUAUGAUGUACUACCUGAAGAACUGGGACGGUAUGUAGGGUAUACUGACACAUAUUUGCCGAGCACCUGAGUGUAACAAACUAAUUCUGCAUUAAAUCAGUAUAUUAUAUACUGAUAUGUGUCACACGUAGGUUAGAUCUACAAAUGUUACCCGCACAGCAUGACUCCAGAACGAAGACGACUUAACUCGUAAAGUGUUGAAUCGGGAACAGCUGGAACAAUUCUCCACACCAAGCAUUUAUACAGCCGUACUCCACGUAUGUACAUACAUGUGACACCAAUGAGGUAGCAAGGCAAAGACAAAGCAAACAAGUCAAGUGUACCCAAGACAAACUCUUUUCUCCAAGUAAAAAAGAAGAGCUAACCCUGGGUGGGAUUCGCUUUCUAGGUGAGUGCUCUACCAACUGAGCUCCAGGGCAAUCGGCUGGUAGGGGGUUCAAAUCAUCAACACAAUACAACACAAAGGAAAACCUCAAACCACUGUGCUAUGGCACAGUAUACUUUCACUCAGUAUGUAGGAGCAGACCAGGGUAAUUAAACCACCGAAGACACCUAACUCAGAACUGAGUAUAUUCAUUUGCAUGCAUACACACCUGCACCCAGAGUCCAGCUCAUCCAUCCUCAUUCCACGU